GGUUGUCAGCAGCGAGGGACCGAAACGCUACUACACGUGUUUGCAUCUUCUGAACGGACCGAAGAACAAAAUAGUGUCGUCGACUUCCUCCGUUUUCUAUCGUCUCCAGCGUUUCUUCUACCUCCUCCUUGAACACAGUAGCUGAUGGAGAAGCAGCCAUUGCCAGGUGACGAUGACAAGACAGGAACCAUGGAGUCAGAGACUGAUCAGCAGGGCUCAUCUGAGCCAGCAGCUCGAGCAGGAUGGAACAGUAAAAUAGAGUAUUUUUUGGCUCAGGUGGGAUUCAGUGUUGGGCUUGGCAACGUCUGGAGGUUUCCAUAUUUGUGUCAUCAAAAUGGAGGGGGAGCUUUCCUCUUCCUGUAUGUGCUGUUGAUGCUGGUUGUGGGAAUCCCCUUAUUCUUCCUGGAGCUGGCAGCCGGUCAGGCCAUCCGACAAGGCAGCAUCGGAGUGUGGAAGUACAUCUCCCCCAGGCUCGCAGGGAUCGGCUACUCCAGUUGUGUGGUGUGUUUCUUUGUGGCUAUCUACUACAAUGUAAUCCUUGCAUGGAGUCUUUUCUAUCUGGGGAAAUCGUUCCAGUACCCUUUGCCUUGGGAGCAGUGUCCAAAACAGGGGAACGUAACAGUACAAGAAUGUGAAAAGAGCUCGCCCACAUCAUAUUUCUGGUACCGCGAGGCUUUGGACAUCACAGACUCGAUUGAUGAGACUGGCUCUUUCAACCCUUACAUUGUCUGCUGUCUGCUGGCUGCCUGGACCAUUGUGUGCUUGGGAAUGUUCAAGGGUAUCAAGAGUUCUGUCAAGGUGAUGUACUUCUCUUCCAUCUUCCCCUACGUGGUGCUGUUCUGCUUUCUCGUCCGAGGACUCCUGCUGGACGGGUCCUUAGAAGGAAUCACCUACAUGUUCUACCCCAAGCCAGAAAUUUGGGGGGAUGUGCAGGUGUGGCGGCAGGCAGCAACGCAGGUAUUCUUUGCCUUAGGACUUGGCUUUGGGUCCAUUAUUGCCUACUCAUCCUACAAUCCCAAGAACAACAACUGCCACCGCGAUGCCUUCACUGUCUCUGCUAUAAACUUCCUCACAUCUGUACUGGCCACCCUAGUGGUGUUUGCUGUGCUUGGUUUCCGUGCAAAGGAAAAGGUCAUGAAAUGUGUAGUCAGUAAUAUGAAGACAUUUUCAGAUCAGUUUCACAGUGGUGUUGUGGACCAAAACCUGAUUCCAGCCUUCAACUAUUCUGAUCCCAGUUCAGUGGCUUUAGAGGACUACAGUGCCUGGUUUAAACAGUAUGGAAAUUCUGUCCCUGGAAACUUAACAGAGUGUGACCUGGAAAAAGAGAUGCAGAAGGGUGUGGAGGGCACAGGCCUGGCUUUUAUAGCCUUCACAGAGGCCAUGACACUCCUGCCUGGUAGUCCCUUCUGGUCAGCACUCUUCUUCCUCAUGCUGCUCAACUUAGGACUCAGCACCAUGUUUGGCACUAUGGAAGGCAUCCUCGCUCCACUCACUGAUCGCUUCAAAACCCUGGCCAACAACAAGACCAAACUCACAAUCUUCAGCUGCAUCAUUGGCUUUUUAAUUGGCCUUCUCUUCGCCCAGCGUUGUGGGAACUACUUUGUGAUGAUGUUUGAUGAUUACUCCGCCACUCUGCCCCUCAUCAUUGUGGUGGUGUUUGAGACCUUCAGUGUGUCUUGGCUGUAUGGAGCUGACAGAUUCCUUGAUGACAUUGAGGGGAUGCUGGGCUGGCGUCCCAGUGUGAUUUACAAGUACCUGUGGAAAUACAUCUGCCUGCUUGCUAUGCUUGGGCUGCUGGGAGCCACCGGCAUCCGUAUGUUCAUCAAACACCCAACAUAUAUGGCCUGGAACCAAGAGAAGGCUUCCGAGGAACACCUGGCGUACCCUGGCUGGGCUCUGGCCGUUUUGGCUAUACUGAUCAUGUUUGCCAUGAUGCCUGUCCCAGUGGCUUUAAUCCACAGAGUUCUGAAAGACAGAACAAACCAAACAACCAGAGAUACAGAGAUCGGUCAGUACAGCAUUGUUGACACUGAUGACAAGUGUGAAACCGCUAUGACUGACAUGUCAGAGCUGGACCAAAGGAACGGCCACGCUGACUAAUUUCCCUCAACAGUGGACAUGAUGUUACUGUUUUUUCUUUUAAUAUCUGAAGACUUUUCCCACCUUUUUUAUUUAUUAAAUCCAGACAUAUUCAAAAGAUUUUUACUUUUUAAAAAUACUGCAACAAGUGCAACUUUAACGUAUUUGUAAUAUUGAAAAACGAAGAUGUGGAACAAAUGGUUUAUUUCUGUUUGGUAAUUACGAGUUUUUACGAGAAUUUGUAACACCUGUUGUCCAAAUGAGCUGUAACAAUGUUUUGCAGUUUUCAGUGUAAACCACAGAC